CGAUCAACAGAGAAGGAACUCUUUUCAUCUAUUAACAAACUCGAUCAAAAUGUAAUGCUCUAUAUUUUGGAGUUUCUCUCUCGGGUAGAAUUAAAUGGUUUGGCCAGUUUAUUCUAUCGUCCACAAUCUGAGGAAAUUCAAAACGAAUUUUAUAAUCAAACUUUGAUCAAUACAAUUAAUUUCGGAAAAUGUUUGAUGAUUUAUUCGUGGAGUGAUUGGUUUUGGAAAGAUUUAAUCAAUAACAAGAUGGAAUUAAUUAACAAUGUUUUGUGUACGAAAAUUGGAUGGAAAGAAACAGAAGGAAAUUACCGAUUUCGAUUCAUCAAGGAAAUUUGGAAGAGAAUUGAUGAAAAUAAUUGGAAAGUUUUCCAAGAAAAGAGACAAAAGAGAAUAUCAUAUAUUAGAUCAAUUAGUGAUAAUAUUUCAAAAAUAGCCCUAGAGAAUGGUACUUUUAAAAAUACUAAAUGUGAAAGUAUUAUAAGAAAGAGAAUUGCUCAACAAAUAUUUAUUGAAGAGUCAUCCAUUCAAACACCUCUCCAAGAACCACUGAGAUUAGAACCAAAAAGUCAACCAAUAACCGGUUAUCAUUAUCUCAAAUGGGUUUCUAUGGGUGCUACAUUUGUUGGAAAAACUUGUCUCUUGAAUAGGGUUGGGUAUCAUUCCUUUCCUCAAGAUUACACACCAACUGUAUUUGACAGUUUUGUAAAAACGGAGCAUGUACAGUGCAUAGUAGAUGGUAUUGAAACUCAAGCAGAUUUUUCUGUUGCAUAUUGGGACACAGCAGGUGGAGAAGAUUAUGAUAGAUUGCGACCACUUUCUUAUCCUCAGACAAAUCUUUUUACAAUGAACUAUGCCAUCAAUGAUUUUUCAAGUUUGAAAUAUUUAGUUGAGCAUUUGAUGUGGGAAUGCACUCUUGGUGCUCCUACCGCUACAUUUGUUGUUGUUUCCACAAAGAACGAUCUCAAAGAUUCACUCUACUGGAAUAGUUUGUUUUAUUCUACUACUGUUGAUGAACCAAUUUCAAAAGAGGAAGGAAUUGAAUUUACAAAAGCAAUAGGAGCUGUCUCGUUUAUUGAAACAAGUGCAAAAACAGGCGAAGGAACAAUUGAUUUCGAUAAGAGACUUGGAUUAUUGACACAUACUCAUUUGCACAUUUUGGAAAACCCACAAAAAAUUGAAACAAACAAGAACCACAAGGAGAAGAAAUGUACUGUUCAGUAGUCUUUACAGCACUGAAAAUUGUUUAUGUGAAAUAUAUAAUAUAUUAUGUGAAAUUGUGGCCCAACCAAGAAGACAAGACUUGAGUGUUGUAAUUUUAUGACAACUUUUUGAGAGCGAAUUUUAAAUGAUGGAUUUUCAAAAACAUUUCAGAAUUUACAUUUUGAAAUUCCCUUUUUAGAUUUUAAAAAAAAUGCAACAAGAUCAACUAGAGUUUU